AUGUUCAGCGCAUUCGUAGUGAAUGCCGACGUCAACCCCCCACGAGACGAAUAUGACCCGUCAAAAGCACUUUUCGUCAAAUGUGACGUACGCGUCUGGGAGGAUCAAGUGGCGGUUUUUAAGACUGCUAUUGAACACUCUCCUAAGCAUGGCAUUGAUAUCGUAAUUGCCAAUGCAGGAGUAUAUGGCCCAGAUAUCCUUGAAGGUAUCGAUGAGGAUGAGCCAUCACCCGCGAACUUAAAGCUCAUUGAGAUCAACCUUUUUGGUGUUAUUCAUACGGCGAAGCUGGCGGCUUUCUAUUUCAACAAACAGCCGAGGGAAUCCUUCGACCGAUGCCUGAUUCUCGUCACCAGCAUCAUGGGUUACAUCGAUACUCAAGGCUCCUCAUUGUACGGUGCAUCUAAGCACGGUGUUAGAGGAUUGAUGGCAUGCUUGAGGCGCAAGGGAUUGAUGAGAGUCAAUGCACUCGCUCCGUGGUUUGUUGCGACCGGUAUCUUUCCAGAGAACUUCCGAAUCUCUCUCACAAAGCAAUUUCAGGCUCAGGGCGUGGACUUUGCCGCGGGUAGUGAUGCCGUCGGUGCUAUCAUGCGUAUCGUGACGGAUUCUUCAAUAAAUGGCCGUUCUAUCGCUAUUGUGCCUCGUCAAUUGUCGCCGUCUGGCUACCUUGAUAUGGAGUUGGAUGAUUUCCAAGAGGGUUCGCCAUGCGACAAAUUACAGAGGGUCGCAGGUUCUCUCUCUUACUCGGAUAUUAUUUGA